AUGAUGCUUUCUGUUAGAGCGAUUGCUCGAGUGGCUUCAUCUAGAACAGUCUAUCAGACAUCCAACUUCUCAGCAGUCACGAAAUGCAUACCUUUCUAUUCUGCUUCCCGCUCGCAUCCAGCAUCGAGGCCGAUACUCAAACAAAUCUCACACUUUUCAGUAUCUAGCAUCUCAAGAAGCAAGAAAGCAGGAGGAGACGAAGACUUAGUAGCAAAGCUUCAGUCGGAGAUUGAUCUGGAGAAUGAUAUAAAAGAAGACUCGUCUCAGCCCCAAAGUAUCAAAGAUUAUUUAUCAAACAGCCCUUUUAGUAUCACUGACAUACCCGGACAAGAAGAUGUCACUCUAAAGCGUACAUAUGGUGACGAAAAAAUCCAGAUAACAUUCUCUAUCGCCGAUUUAAACAUGGAUCCAGACCCAGAAUUCAAUGACCGUGCAUUUGGCGAUGAAGAAGAAGAAGGAAAUGAAGAGAGUAAUGAGCAGAAGACCCCGGAGGAAAGCGAGGAGGAACCCGCACUUCCGAACCGCUUAAACAUUAUUGUGGAAAAGCCGAACCAUGGUGCUCUUCUAAUUGAUGCUGCUGUACAGGAUGCAGUUGUCAUGAUUGAAAACGUCUUUCAUUAUCCAGACGCUGCCCACGCUUAUGCCAAAUCUCCCGAGAAACUACACGAGAGACAAGACCUAUAUGUCGGUCCACCGUUCGGCAACCUAGAUGAAGAUCUACAGGUCUUAUUUGAGAGAUAUCUUGACGAAAGAGGCAUCAACAGUGCUUUGGCCUUAUUUGUUCCAGAUUAUAUCGACGCGAAAGAACAAAAAGAGUAUGUGAGAUGGUUAGAAAACGUUAAGAAAUUUGUAAAAGCUUAA